GCCAGACCCCGUCCUGACGACGACGCGCCAGCCCAAUCGCCCCCAUGCCUGGUCGCAUGCUUCCCCUAACCCACGAGAAGAGCCUGGAGGAGGGCUAUUGGUCACUUCGGCCACGCUGGCCAGGCCUGAAAGCCGUCCGAGGUCGCUUGUUCAACCUUCUCUGGCCCUCCUUCUUGUCCCGCACUGACGGUAAUCAGCCACAACAGAAGGUGCGACGCACUGCCUAUUUAGAUGGGCUGCGCGGCUUUGCUGCCCUUCUGGUGUACUGGGGGCAUCAUGAACUAUGGGCUCAUGAUGGCAUCGGAGGAGAGCGCAUUCUUGAAAACGCCUACGGGUAUGAAAAGCAACAUUACCUGGUCGCCUUUCCCGGCGUUCGCAUAUUCUUCUCGGGCGGGCACUUCGCGGUCAGUGUCUUCUUCGUGCUGUCCGGCUAUGUGCUCUCCGCCAAACCGCUGGCCCUGAUCCACGCCGGGGAGUUUCUUCAGUUGGGAGACAACCUGACCUCUGCCUUAUUCCGACGAUGGCUUCGGCUACACCUCCCCGUCAUCGCUACCACGCUCUGCUAUAUGACCUUCCUCCACCUAUUCCGCAUCAGGACCGUGCUCGAACUGAAGGGGAGCUACGGCGACGAGCUGUGGAACUGGUAUACCGAGUUCAAGAACUUCAGUUUCAUCUUCCGCGGGGGUGGUGAGCCUUGGUUCACAUACAACUUCCACUCGUGGUCGAUCCCCGUCGAGUUUCGGGGGUCGAUCAUCGUCUAUACCGCCCUGCUCGCGUUUUCGCGGUGUCGCCACAGCAAGCGGUUGUGGUGCGAAGUCGGCCUUAUAGUUUACUUCCUCUACAUUGUCGAUGGCUGGUUCGGAGCCCUGUUCGUGUCGGGGAUGCUCCUCUGCGACCUCGACCUCCUUGCAGCGCGCGAUAAACUGCCCGACAUUUUCGUCAUGCUGGAGCCGUUCCAGGAGGUCAUCUACUAUGUCCUCUUUGGCAUCAGCAUCUACCUCGGGGGAGUUCCCUCUCGGAGUUGGGACCCGCAGGUGCUAAGGGACUCUCCCGGCUGGUACUACCUGUCCUUCCUGAAGCCACAGGCGGUGUUUGACUUCAAGUGGUUCUUCCUUUUCUGGGCGGCCACGUUCCUCGUCACAGCAAUCAGCCGGAUGUCCUGGCUCAAGCGCUUCUUCGAGACGCGCUUCAACCAAUACCUCGGCCGCAUCUCAUUUGCCUUCUACCUGGUUCACGGGCCAGUGCUGUGGGUGCUCGGAGAUCGCUUGUAUGCCGCGGUGGGUUGGAUACGCGACACGCAUGCGAUCAACUGUCCCGGAUGGAUCAAUCGCUUUCCCUUACCCCGCACGGGGCCGCUGGGACUCGAGGUCAAUUUCCUGCUGUCGCAAUUGAUCCUGCUCCCGAUCACACUGUGGCUGGCGGAGAUCGUAACCAAACUGAUCGAUGAACCGAGUGUGCGGUUUGCCCAAUGGCUGUAUCGCCGGACGCUUCCCUGAAAUGUACGGUAGUCGCUAGCUAGAAAGGAUUGUCCUCCACGAAUGUCCGAAAUG